GGAACGGGCGCUUUCUAGCCUUGCUGCGAUCGACCACAGCGAGCGACAACUUGUUCUACCUCAUCCCUUUCUCAUCCUCAUCGCCAUCGACAACGUCGACAAACAUUAAUAAAAUCGCCCAAGCUGUUCAGCACAUCCGACUAACUAGAGUUAUCAACUGACCCCUAGCACUCAAACCUCCCACUGAAGUAGCUGCUGAUCGAAUCGAUCGCGAUGCCAGCGCCAGUAGCGGUGUACGUCGUUGCGGCUAUUGCAAGUUUCGCUGCUGUUUAUGCUUUUCACGAGUUCGUCUACGAACCCCACAUCGCCCCUGCCAUUGAGCGCUGGGCAGAGGACUUCCUUGAAAAUCGUCGUGCUCGACGCAGAGUUCCUGUGGCAUCCACCAGGGGGCUUGGGGACGGAGACCUGGGCCCUCGCGGUGCUGAUCCUAAGGAAAGGACCGCUGCGAGAGAACAAGAUUCCAUCGAACUAGAAGGCCUCAAUCUCGGCCCCGUUGACGAAUGGCGGAACGAGGUCCAUCGCACCGCCCCAGGCACGGGUGCGAGGCGGAGAGUGAGAGUAAUCCCUGACACAGACGAAGGGAAAACCCUGUCUAUAUCCACCCGUACGCCUACCCGUGCCGUUUCCCGAGCCUCUUCCAACACCGCAAGCGACUCUGAGCGCGAGGGUAACACUACUAUAAUUUUUGCACCGUCUUCCAACUCGUCUUCCCCUCCUCCGAGCCCGCCAUUCGGUCCUAUACUCCCCGACACCCCUCGCACGAGCGCCGCCUACUCCGCCCGCCCGUUUUCCCCGGUCGUGCGCACGCCCGUGCGCUCCCGUGCACAGUCGAGCAGGUCUUCUUUGCGGCACUCCAACUCGAGCUCGCGCGUCAGCGUGGAUGUGCACGGCAGGCGUGUGGACGUUGACGUCGAGGAUGAGCACGUCGACAUAAACAUUUUCAGCGACGCUAGCGCCAGUAUGCAUAUGAGCGCAAAUAUCAGCGUUGUGGAAUCGCUAUCAGAACGUUACCCCGCCGCGCCCACCCCGCCUGUCCUACUCUCCCCGCCUUCAUCACACACACUUCUCUCCUCUCCAAACACAGACGUCCUGAGCCUUGGGAGCAGCGGUAGCCGUUCUGGUUCGCCAUUUGCUGUGCUUUCCCCGCCUGAGCAGCGUGCGUCCCUCUCAGGUGCUGCGAGCUCGCUAUCGCCCUCGAUGACAAGCGAGGAUGAGUUUAUGUCGUUUGAUGAAGGGUCAGAUGGGGUUGGGGAGAGAAUAGUGUCGCGAAGCGGAAGUGCGCGUUCGCCUAACCCUUUUUCAGACUCUGACGAGGGGAGUGAUUUUGAUAGUGGCAGUGAGGGGAGCUGGGGACGGGUGAGUACAGGACGAAGGUGAUCUGGUCAUGUACUAGUCUCGUCGGAUUUUUAGAACUGGGGUUCGUGUGUGGUGUCGGGAAAGGGUUGCAUCUGCCCAGGAUACAUUGAUAUACACGGGACCCUCUUGUUGCGGUAUCUAUUGUGGCUUUCCCUCCUUGUCUUUUUCUCUAUCUGGUUCUCUGUCUCGCUCGUGUCUUGUACUCAUUUUGUUAUGUCGCUUUGCAUUUCUCCUCAUAAAUUUGUGUUGUACCAAUUUACCCUCAUCGUUAUCGUUGUAACCUGUGAACCCAGCCCACAACCGCUGCAACUUAUGCAGAUCAAAUGCAAGCACAUACCCGAAUCUAGGGUAUACUUACUUAUAGACGAAUG